AUGGGCACGAAAAUGUUCGAUAGCAAAGCCUAUACGGUGGGAUGGGUCAGCGCUAUCCGCCCAGAAUUCACUGCCGCCCGUCAAUUCCUUGACGAGGAAUACGAAUGUCCAGCGCAGGACAAGACAGACAAUAACGUCUACACGGUUGGACGGAUCGGAAAACACAAAGUCGUGCUCGCGACCCUGCCCGCCCAAGAGUAUGGAACCGCUUCCGCUGCGACUGUCGUGAGGGAUAUGGUCCGUAGCUUUCCAAACAUCCGCAUCGGCCUGAUGGUUGGCAUAGCCGGUGGAGCGCCCACCCGGAAAUCCGACAUCCGCCUUGGUGAUGUCGUGAUCGGCUCUCCAGACAGUUCCUGUGGGACACGACAUGGUGGCGUGUUCCAGUACGAUUUCGGCAAGACGAUUCAAAACCGCGAAUUCACGCCUACUGGCUUUCUCAACCAGCCGCCCACACUUCUGCGCUCUGCUGUUGCUGUUUUGAGAAGUCACAUAGAGGAGAGCGGUCUCCCUAUCAAGGCGACCAUCAAUGAGAUCAUCGAACGCAAACCUCGUUUGAAGAAGCAUUACAGCCGUCCAGCAGACGAGACCGACAUACUCUACACGAGCAGCUUCCUGCACCAGCUGGAUGAUCAGUGCUGUCAAUCAGGCUUCCAGAUCGAAAGCCACACUGUCAGGCGUCGGGAGAGGACUGAGGAUGAAGACGACCCGGCAUUUCAUUAUGGCACCAUCGCUUCGGCCAACCAGUUGAUGAAAGACGCGGUGAUCCGCGACAGACUGGCAGAGCGGGAAGGCGUGCUUUGUUUUGAGAUGGAGUCGGCAGGCCUCAUGAAUCAUUUCCCAUGUCUCGUCAUUCGAGGCAUCUGUGACUACUCGGACACCCACAAGAACAAAGCCUGGCAAGGUUUCGCGGCCAUGGCCGCAGCAGCGUACGCUAAAGCCCUGCUUUCGCGCAUUGCUGCGGACAAGGUCGAGCUGGAGACGAAAGUAGCUGAAAGCUUAUCCAGCAUCCAGGAAGAUGUGAGCAACAUUAAGUCGGGCUUUGAAAAGACCCAAGAGUUAGAAACGCUUCGGAUGGAACAAAAGGCUGCGAAGAAGGUCCAGGAGUGGUACUGCCAAGUUGAUGCACAGGAUCAUCACGAUGAUAUUCGCUCUCGACAGCCAUUGGAUGAAGCUACAGCAGAGUGGCUGUUCAAUGGUCAUGAAGUAGCAUCACGCACGUUUUGCGAAUGGAGGGAUAAGAGUGAUGCCGCAUGUUUUCUCUGGGCAACUGGUGAUCCCGCGGUAGGCAAAACUACCGUGGCGUCGCAAGUGAUACAGCACUUGAGACAUCGCGCCACGUCCACCAAUUCCACUCCAGUCUGUAGGGUCGGCGUUGCGUGGACCUACAUCAGCAUGGCGAAGAGCUCCGAGCCUCAGAAGGCCAGGCUUGUCACAUGGGUAUUGCGCUCCCUCAUUCGAACCGUGCUGAGCCAAACUCCCACCAUGCCAGCCCCGGCCAUGGAUCUUGUGACCAAGUUCAAGAGGGAAGGUCGAUCACCUGGCAACGCAGAAUUGCUUUCCUGCCUCAAAUCGAUCUGUCAGGUCGCCUAUGACGACGUCUACUUCAUAAUAGACGGCCUCGAUGAGGCAAGCCAUGACGCAUGCCACGAGCUAAUCGGCCAUCUAAAGGAGCUCCCACCCAACGCACGAUGUAUGCUAACCUCGCGCUACAAUCAGGCCAUUCAGACUGCACUCCCAUUGCAUUCGCGAAUCCACAUCCGUGCGAAUCGCAGAGACGCUGAACUUUAUUUCGCCCAAGAACUGCAGAGGAACACACUUUUCGCUGGCGCACUCCGCGAGCUCGAACGCUCGAAGCCUGGAGCAGCACUUCGCGCCCAGGAAGCCAUAGUGGAUAAAACCGAUGAAUCAUUCCUGACAGCGAAACUGUGCCUCGAUGAAUUGCUGAAGAGUUCAACGCCCCAGGAAGUUGAAGAUGCCUUGGAUGAUCUUCCAAAGUCGGAUGAACUUUACCAGACCAUUUUCCGGCGCCUCAGGGACAAAUGGGAGCUUCCCGGUAACCGCCAAUGGGCGAAAAGAAUCCUGACAUUGGUCUGCUUCAGCGAGAUCAAAUUUGCACCAAGACACCUGCUGUACAUGGUCGGAUUGGAUUUGAACGACCCCAGAGUGGACCAUACCAAUUUACUGGACCCGUCGCUGAUCACGUCUCUAUGCGAUGGGCUCGUGACGAUCCAUGUCAAGACUGAGCUGGUGGAUCUCGUUCACAUACAGGCCAAGAAAUUUUUCAUCGAAAAGCAGGAGGACUAUUUCCCGGAUGCCCACCAUGACAUUGCUGAGCGGUAUACAGCGCAUGUGAUGGCUAUGUCAUCGAUCGGCUUCAUCGAAAAUCACGACCUCGGUGACAUGUCUAAGCUUGCGGUCAAAAACUUGGGGCCCCAAGUGCGACAGCAUCUUGUACAAAAUUUGCCAGGACGCUUCAAAAACCAGAGAAGGAUGACAAGCCAGAGCAUCACGGCCACAAACGCCGCCGCUUUGACCAGUGACCCGGAAUUGCGCCUUUCAGACGAGCGCAAUGAAGCUCUUUUCCACAAGAUAGCUGUGAUGAUAGAUGAUCCGGAUUGCGCAGCCAUCAUAUGUCAGGUCUUCUGCGAGAUCAGUACAUGGCGUCCCCACCAAGGGACUAAUCCGAGUGAACCCAACAAUGCGUUACCCACGUGGAAGCUGCUGGGCUGGACCAGACUGCACAUCGCGGCGGCUAUGGGCUUGGUAGAUGUCACCCGACGUUUCCUCGACGACACGACUCUUCUCAACACGGUCGAUUUUCUCGGCAAGACUGCGGUGGCAGUUGCGGUGGACCGGCAACAUCCGGACGUGGCCGAGGUCCUUGUGCAUGCGGGUGCCAAAGUCGAUAUUUUCAGUGCGACCGGACAGACGAUAUUGCUCACGGCCGUAGGUAAAGGUAACGUGGAGUUCGCACGUCGUACUCUGAUGUCCAGCGAAUCGACAGCGCCGUGGACCAGACUCCUGACAGGGGUUCGGAAAGAAGACAAAGACUUACGCCUCCUCCUCGCCACGCUGGACGGUGAAGCGACCAAAGUCGGGAGGAUUUGUACAGGGUCAAGCGUGGUGAAGAGCAGCGCAGCAGCCACUGCGCUGCUUCUAGCUGCAGAUUGUGGCCAUCUCGACAUUCUGAAAAUUUUGCUUGCUGCUGCAGUACCAGUCGACAGUCGAGAUGGGGAGGGACGGACAGCACUGCAUCGAGCGGCUCGCCGGAACGACCACGCGAUGGUCGAAACGCUGUUAGAUCAUUCUGCUGAUGUCGAUGCGAAAAGUAUGUUUGGGCAGACGGCUUGGACCGAAAUUGUCGCAUUUCCUGAACACGAAGAUAUGGUAAAGCUGCUCGUCGGUCGUGCAACGAACAUCAAUGUUGCGCAUCAAGACGGAGUCUCGUCCCUUUACAUUUCGGCAGCCGGGGGCCACAUCGCUCUCGUCAGCAGACUGCUUUCUGUCGGAGCUGAUCCUUCCAUCCGGACUGUUUACGGCUGGACGCCAUUGCACUGGGGAGCGAACGCAGGACAUUUCGACGUCGCCGAGAAGCUUCUGGACUUUGGAGCCGACGUCAAUGCCAUCUCCGAUACAGGACAGACGCCACUAGAGCUGGUCGUGCACAGUGGCAGCCACCACGAGCACAUGCGGGUAAGUCUGUUGCAAAACGCUCGAAUCAGGACGACCGCGGCCUACGUUCAAGGCGAUGUGCGUCCUCGUCACCCCGACUGCAUCUGUACAGCCUGCCAGCGAAACAUUCCCGACCGGGAACUCGCCUUUGCUUGCCACGCGUGCCCGCCCGCGCCGCACACAUUGUGCUCCCCUUGUUUGCUCGGCAGUGGAUGGUGCUCCGAUCGAGGCCAUGCCAUGCAAUCGGCGUGGGCGGGACCGGAUGGAGAUCCUGAGACUAUCCAUGUGGACUUCCAAUCCUGGGAGGCGAUCAAGGACUGCAGCGUGGCUGCUCUACUCCGGAAACACGGAGCACUGACUACCCUAGAGGCCAUCGGGUGCUUUGAACGCUCCAUCGAGCGGCCCCUGUCAAUGAGUGACUGGCAAUUCAUGGCCUCUUAUGGUCGCAUACGUUCCAUGAAGGAUAAGUUGGACGAGCGCCUGCUCCCAUAUCUCUCUUCUUACGAAAGUCCCCACGAAUCUGAACAUGAGAAUGACAACGAGCAUGCUUCUGAGAGUGAUGGAGACGGCAAUUCAGAUGAAUCCCAUAACGAGGUCGUACCACUUGAUCCGGUCGCUUCCAGGGACGAGCCCGCCGAUCCAAGCGCAACAGGUCCCUAG